AUGGCAGGUCUGAAAGACGAAGAAUGCAGAACGAAUUUCCGCCAACGUGUGUCUAUUCAUGUUGGAGUACGAACCAGGAAGAAGCUUUGCGAUGCGGAUUUCUUUACGAAGUGCAUCAAGGAGGCUGCAAACGAAACAGUUCCGGUUCAGAUGCUGCAGAAGAAGUUUGCCUUUGCAUCUGCGGAGACAAGAUCCACAUACAAUUCUGUAUGUGCCGCCCGCAGCAUUGGUGACUCCAACCAGGAAAAGCGUCUUAGAAGGAAGCUGCGUCGUCAACUGCAACAAGACCGCGAUAACGAGUGGACGUCAAGAGCGAUGGAGUUUGAAGAGGCGUGGAAGGACAAGAAUCCGCGGAAAGGCUAUGUUUCAUUAAAGCAGUAUGGCCGCAAGAUGAAAAGAUGUUCACCAGUCCUCAACACUGCCAAUGGAAAGGCUGUCGGUGAAGCAACCCUUCUAAUUUGA